AUGCAUUUCCCCUACUCUCUUACCACUCUGGCAAUGGCUGCAGCCGUUUCCUGCCAAAACCUGGCCAUUCCUGCUCGCAAUGGCCCAGUACAGUCCCUCAAAGCGCCCAUGUCUAUCUCCGGUUUUCGGGACAUGGCCAAUCACGAGUAUGACCGCGGCCGGCCCUGCAACUCCGACCAAGAUACCGGCAGCGCCAGCGCUGUCUUUAUCCUCGAAGACGGUGCCACUCUGAGCAAUGCUAUCAUUGGCGCUAACGCGCUCGAGGGCGUUCAUUGUAAGGGUCGAUGCACCCUGAGGAACGUUUGGUUCCGAGAUGUUUGCGAAGACGCCAUUUCGCUACUUGGAAACGGAGACGUUCUCAUCGAAGGCGGUGGUGCUCAAGAAGCUAAGGAUAAGGUCAUCCAGCAUAACGGCCGUGGCACUGUGACUAUCCGCAAGUUUACCGUUAUCAAUUCUGGCAAGCUUUAUCGUGGAUGUGGUGACUGCACUAAGAACGGCGAGCCACGUAAUGUCAAGGUCGAAAAUGUCAGGGCUCGAGGUGUUGACACGCUGGUUGGUAUUAACUCGAACUUUGGUGAUGUGGCUACUAUUAGCGGCACUUGUGGCAGUGGUGUUAAGAAGGUCUGCCAAGAGUUCAAAGGAGUCCAGAAGGGCCAGGGUGACAGCCCCAAGGUUACUACUACCGCUAACUGCCGAGGUCAAACUUCAUUGGGUAGCUGCUAG